AUGAAGUCUCUCUGCAUCGUUGGCGGAGGACCAGCUGGAUUGGUCGCGGCGAAGACCUUCAUACAGACCGAGCAGUUCAACGUCACGGUGUAUGAAAAGAAUGAUCGAAUCGGCGGCAUCUGGGCCUUGGAUCGGGAGUCAAAAGAUGGCUUCCUCAGCCCGUUCACCCCUACGAACCUCUCCCGGUUUACUGUUGGAUUCUCUGAUCUGGACUGGAAGAACGUCGACUAUGGCGAAGAUUGCAAAGAUCUCACUCGAGUUAGUCAAACCAACGCCCACAAACCACCCAUGUUUCCAAAGGCCUGGAUGGCAAACCGGUAUCUGGAGAUGUACCGCAAGAAGUACAUCCCGGACUCGGUCAUCCACUUCGGCAUUGAGGUGCACAAAGUCGAGCAGAGUGGAUCUGGUUGGGAUGUGACAGCCAUUCAUGGCGAGGGAGAGGUCAAAUGCCACCACUUCGAUUACCUGAUAAUGGCCAGUGGUUUCUUCGCAAAGCCAAGGUCCAUAGAACAGAGCGUGGCUGGGAUGAGCAAUGGCACACCCGACCUACCUGUCAGGAUCAUACACAGCUCCGCUUUUCGAGACCUGAAUCAUCUCUUCUCUGGAACCGGCAGUGUGAAAGGCAAAAAGAUCUUGAUGCUCGGAGGGGGUAACUCUUCAGGGGAGACGGCGGCAGCAGUCGCCCUCCAGUUGUCUAACGCUCAAUGGUCGCCAGACCGCGUGCUGGCAGCCAAGUACAAAGAUAUGACCAUUGUUCAUGUCACACCGAGGCCAAUAUAUGCAUUGCCGCACUUCAACGAAUACGAAGAAGGUUCAAGGUCCUAUGUUCCUUUAGAUUUCAAGCUCUACGACUUCGGCAGGCGUCCCGCAAGCGUCGGGUCCUACGCAGGGAAGCAGACUAUGGAGGUUCGAGACAUGGUCCACGGAAUGAUGCAGGGAAUGGUUGGUGGUGAUCAGUCCGACAUCAGCCCGGCAUUGGUAUCGGCGAAAGGUGCCAAACGAGGGACGACGUAUGUCGCCCUCACGGAGAGCUAUCCAGAGUACGUAAGAAGUGGGCUCAUCGAUGUUGUACCUGGCCGCGUAGAGCGAUUGUUACCGAAUGAAGACGGCACUGUGUCCGCACAUGUCGAGCAGCAGGGCGAGGAGAAUACCCUCAAGGAUGUUGCAGCCAUUAUCUACGCCAAUGGGUAUAAUCCAAGCUCGGCUUUGGAAAUCCUUGACGAUGCCACGAAGGAGGCGAUCAAAUAUGACGCAAUGAGCUUGAGGCUACCCAUGAUCUUGGAGCAGUGGCAGACCACGACCAGAGACUUACGGAACAUCUCCUUCCUUGGGUUCUACGAGGGUCCAUAUUGGGGAAUGAUGGAGAUGCAGGCCAAGCUGACCGCACACCGAUGGCUCGACGGAAGAUUGUCCGAGAGGCGAUGGUACGAAGCAAAAGACAAACUGCUAGCUUUGCGGCAAAGCAUGCACGACAAGGCUGCGGACGUUCCUCAGUUCUGGUUUAGCGACUAUCUGGGUUAUCUCGAAGACAUCGCCAAUGAGCUUGGACUGGACAAAAAUCAUCAAGCAUUUGGCGAGCGCGAAGGUUGCAUAUCACCAGCGCGCUACCUCUCGCCCUCGACGAAUAAAGCGGAAGCAAACGCUAUAAUGGAUGAGCUGCACCAGGAGUGGCAUGAAUGUCUCACAAAUGGGAAGUAUGUCCCACGAGCUGCAUUUCGUGCAUUUCACGGGAAGUGGAAUAUCACUCGGAAGAUCCAAAGCGCCUCAAGUACGUUUCCUUCCGGAGUUCUCGAAGGCACCGCCAGUUUCCACCCACGUCUGCCAACCAUCGACAAGUUUGACUUGGAGUACAUCUACGUGGAGUCUGGCACCUUUACCACGUCAACCGGCUUUGCAAUGAACGCAAGCCGCCGCUAUGUUUACCGAUACACGGAAGCGACAGAUUCACUGAGUGUCUGGUUCGUCAAGCCGGACAAACCCCUCGAAGUCGACUAUCUUUUUCACGAGCUACAAUUUGUCAAACCAGCCGAAGCACGCAAAGCCGGUGCCUGCAUUGCCAAGGCGGACCACCUUUGCAUAAAGGACAUGUACACGACUAGUUAUCGGAUACCGCUCCGUGGAAUUGCCUUGCGGGAGUUCGAGGUUACACAUAUCGUCAAAGGACCUGAAAAGGACUAUGUAGCAACUACUCAGGUCAAUCCAUGGGACGAGUACGACUUGUCACCCUGGCCUUUGGCGAACGAACACCUGUACCGCGAGCCUGCGGGCUUUAUCAAGAACGCCGCACCAGAGUGGCGCGUAUUGGACCGAAGCUUGACAGUAUACCCCGGAACCAACUUCCCAGCCCCCAAGAAGGGCUUCACGGGGAACCACAAAGGGGACUACUCCAGCGCCAUCAGAGACCACGCGCAGGACGAGAGGGGCAACAAGGGAGACCUGUUGUUGCGAACUGGCGGGUUUGCUGAUCUGAACUGGUGGAAGAUAUGUGCCGAGAUUAACACAGAGGAGGCUGAAAAGAUUGUUUGGAAAACCUACAAGCACAACCUCCGCAAGAAGCCAAAGGCGAUGCCGGCAAAACCAGCACCGCCGACACUGGCGCUUCGAUCUCCCGAGAAUCCGCACUAA